CGGCAGCCGCGACGCCAUUUGCCGCUGCCGAGCGUGGGCGCCGGCGCAUCUUGGGAGAAGUCCACCGCGAGGCUCCCGCGCGCACGCCGCUCGGUCCCCCGGCGCCGUGUCGUCCCGCACGCUCCCGCCCGUCAAGCCUGGAGCGCAGCCUCGGACAGGUCGGCGCCGCCGUCACCGCCACGACCACCGACACCAGCACCCACCAGCACAACAGUUAGAAACGGCGCGAGGUCACCGUCACCACCAUGCCGAAGAAUAAAGGUAAAGGAGGUAAAAACAGACGCAGAGGUAAGAAUGAAAAUGAAUCUGAAAAAAGAGAACUGGUGUUCAAAGAGGAUGGACAAGAGUACGCUCAAGUAAUCAAAAUGUUGGGGAAUGGAAGAUUAGAAGCAAUGUGUUUUGAUGGUGUAAAGAGGUUGUGUCACAUCAGAGGGAAAUUGAGAAAAAAGGUUUGGAUAAAUACCUCCGACAUUAUAUUGGUUGGCCUCCGAGACUAUCAGGACAACAAGGCUGAUGUAAUUUUAAAGUACAAUGCAGAUGAAGCCAGAAGUCUGAAAGCGUAUGGCGAGCUGCCAGAGCACGCGAAAAUCAAUGAAACUGAUACAUUUGGUCCCGGAGAUGAUGAUGAAAUCCAGUUUGAUGACAUUGGAGAUGAUGAUGAAGAUAUUGAUGAUAUCUAAAUGGAACUCAACAUUUUACAUUCCAGUUUUUCUGAAGAUUGUCCCACAGUUUGGAAUUUGGCCACGACCCUUAAGAGAAGAUUCAAAUUUCAUUAGCAUGAUUGCAAUUUGUUAAGACAGACUGAUUUAUUAUUUUUAAGAUGUUUGUUGCUUUGAAAACUGGGUAAUGCUCAAUAAUCUUAAAUGGGAUAUUAAGCGCACCUUGCUCUUUGGAUGUAAUGGAAAUUAUGGGUAGAAGACCACAUCUGUGAAAGAAGUUGCAUCACUACCUUUCCUGCUUUAGCCACUUCCUUUGCGUAAAUAGAUGUCUUGGAUCAGCCAUUUGUGUUGUUCUCAUUAUGGACUCUGCGUAAAUCCUGGUUUGGACUAGACUGUACAGUUUUUCUGUAUACUCUAGUUACGUAGGUGUUCUCUAGACAUUUUAAUAAAAUGUAAAGGGUACA